CUAAGUACGAUAUCCACGGCACUUAGCUGCAGAGACGCUUUUUUCUUCUAUCACACCAGACGCUUCUGGGGGGGAGAGAAAAAGGAUGGCAGAUGGCUACGGCUACGGCUACGGCGGUUUCUCUGGAGUACCGUACCCGAUCUUUCUUACUUCUCCGUCUCCUCAUCCUCCAACUUCUGCGCCGCCGAUCCAACCUUUUGAGUCCUCCUAUGAUCCAACCCAAGGAGGGUUUGAUCCGAUGAUUUCUCAUGGCUCUUAUCACCGAUCGCCGGCUGAUUGGUCCAAUUAUCCAUCGUAUGGUGAUAAAUCUCGCUCUCAGACGCCUUCUUCAUCCUUUGGAAACCUUGGUCCCAGGGCUGAAGAUUCUCAUAAAGACUUGUUCUCGCCGAGUGGAUUUAACCCUUCAAGGGGAUCACCAUCUGAUGCUGUUCCAUUUCCCACUGAUAAUCAACGCUAUGAGUGGGUGCCUUAUACCUCAGCUUCUUUAGCAGAUAUGCUUAUCAGAAAUUCCCAGGAACCGUUCUAUAAGCCUAUUCCCCCUUCUGGUGUUAAUGCUUCUAGCAAUGCUUUUGUUGAUAAACGUCCUGGAUAUUACCAUCAUGGCUAUGAUAAACCUGAGAGUAUGAAUACUCCCCCUGGUCUUUCCAUGGAGCCUUGCGUACCUGUUCCGUCGUUACCAGUGUCUAGCAUGAAAACGGAAGCUCUCUUUGAUGGAAGUCAGACUGGAAUUCGUGUAGGAGAUGGGAGAUCAUUCUUCGGUGAUGCGCCUGAGAAUAUUCAGUCCAGCUUGCACGGUUCUUCUGUUGAACCGGUGAAUUUCGACGUGUUGCUUGGAUAUGGUGAAGCCACUGGUCAUGUCAAGCCUUUGUCCGAUAAGACUGUUGGCUCGCCUAGUUCAAGGAGUCUCCGUUCUUCCAACCCUCUACAUUUCAAUGUCGAGUCCUCGGGUUCACUGUUCAAGGAAAAACGAGAAGGUAGUGGUGUCUCCUCCCUUUAUCAGAUGCCGAAUACUUUUGUCGCUGACAUUGAGAAUGGUAUUUCUGAGAGCUCUUUGAAGAAUGCGAUUGAUGAUUUGUAUUGCAAAGAGCAUAGAUCCUGGAGCCACUUCAGGGUAUCUUCUGAGGGACCUUCAGCUCCUACUGGAAGUGAGCCGUGUGGUGCAAUGAAAGCGGAUAAUGGCUAUAAAACCCCUUCCGAAGGUAGUGCUAAUCAACCUAGUGAAGAUGUUCAAGCCAGUGCAAAGACAUGUAAGCUCCAGGAACAACUGCUUGAUACGAUGAAUAGAGCUAAGAAGACCAGUUUGUUGACAGACGUUUGUAUCAAAGGGAGUAGUAGAUCGGAUGGAGAUGAUGUCUCAACUGGCCGAUCACCUGAAAAGCAUUUAAGUGAUGAAGGAGAUUUCCCAUCCCCGCCUUCUUCUCCAAGAGUUUCUUCCGUGAUUAAUGCCUUGCAUAAUCUGUCAGAAGUGCUUGUUUACGAAUGCUUCAACAAUGGGAGCUGGCUGAUGCCGGAACAACUUGAGAACCUUGAUAAAGUAGUAGAGAAUCUCACCAAGUGCUUAAAGAAAAUCACCAGUAACAAGACAAUAGCAGGGGAAGCAUCAGUUCCAACUCCAGCUAUGAAUGUAUCCUGUCCAAACGUGGUUGAUCUUAAUGAGGCCCCAAAUGUAGCUGCUAAAGACUGUCAAGGAUUUAAUGUCAAGCCACUAGACAGCGUUGGACUCAAAGAACCGGUGGAUAAGGAUACGACUGAGAUGACCCAGAGUAUUAAGAACAUACUUGCUUCCAACUUUCCUGAUGGUGAAGAAUGCCACCCACAAACUCUCUUGUACAAGAAUCUCUGGCUCGAAACUGAAGCUGCCUUAUGUUCCUCGACUUGCAUGGCUCGCUACCAUCGUAUCAAGAACGAGAUUGAUAGUCUCAAGUUGCAGAAUAGUGAGGUCUCUGCAGAUGUAUCAACCUUUAUGCAGGAACAGGAGACGACUGAAUCACUCAUCAAACACGGAAGCCAUGGUGGGAACAAUGUAGUAACAACUAGUCGUGACGCAUCACAAAGCCUUAUAUUCAACUCUAAUCCCGUGGAUGCAGUACUUUCACUUAUGUCCAGAAGCUUUACCGAAAAGGAAAAUCAUAGGAACGUCAAGCCUGAUGCUCAGAAACUGGACACUGUACGGCAGGAUUGGCAUGCAUCCACAACAGAGGAAAAAUACGAUGAUGUUAUAGACCGGUUUCAGAUUCUGAAGCUUCUGGAAACGAAGCGCAAACUCAAAUCUCAGAUCAGCCCGGAUUCAGAUAUUGGUGUUAUGGACAGGCUUCAGAUUCUGAGGCCGCAGGAAACAGAUUGCAAACUCAAUUCUCAGAACUUCACAGAGACGAGAGAGGAUAAUCCAGAUCAUCAACCUUCGGAGAUGGCUAAAGUUGGCAGAAGCAGCCAUGUGACUGAUGUGAUGGAUAGAUUUCAGAUACUAAAACGCCGAGAAGCUGAGCAAGUUCAGAAGUCUCUCGACAGCUUGGACACAGAUUCAGAUUCAGAAGACGAUCAGCCAAGAAACAAGACGCAAAUUUGUGAUCACCUCUGGCCAGACUCGAUGAUGACAGUAGGUAGAGAUUCACAGAACGAGAUGCACGUCGGUGCUGAACCAUCUGGAUACUCGGACUGGGAACAUGUCCUCAGGGAUGAUUGAUUACUGGAACUUCCUUGGACAAGCAGUUUCGAUCCUUUUUAAUUGCUUUGUUUGUGUAUAAAUAAAACGGCUUUGUGUGACUGACAUUAAAUGAAACUGUGUGGAGUGGUAUUUACUGUCUUUAAAUUUGAUGUGUUGUUCCUA